AUGAUGAAUGGUACCGUUCUUCAAACUGGAUCAUUAGAAGGCCAAAAUUUUCGUAAAACCCAUAAAUUAAUUUCAUUAAGCGAACAAAACUUGGUAGAUUGUUCAGAAAAAUUCGGCAACCAUGGUUGUGAUGGUGGCUUAAUGGACAACGCUUUUAAAUAUAUUAAAUACAACCACGGAAUUGACACUGAAGAUUCAUAUCCGUACGAUGGCGAAGAAGAAUCGUGCAGAUACAAUCCAAGUCAUUCAGGAGCGAGUGAUAAAGGAUUCGUUGAUAUUAGAUCAGGAAAUGAAACCGCUUUACAAGCUGCUGUAGCAACUCUUGGACCAAUUUCCGUUGCGAUCGAUGCGAGUCACCCAGGUUUUCAAUUUUAUAAACACGGCGUUUAUUAUGAACCAACUUGUAGUGCUAAGUAUUUGGAUCACGGUGUCUUAGCUGUUGGAUAUGAUCGGGAUCAAAAAACUAAAUUGGAUUAUUGGAUCGUUAAAAAUUCAUGGGGGGAAACUUGGGGUGAUAAAGGAUACAUUUUAAUGGCAAGAAAUAAGGGAAAUAACUGCGGAAUUGCUACAGCUGCAAGUUAUCCGUUAGUUUAAAAAUAUCACUUUUUUGAUCAAAUAAUGAUAGAGUUAAAGAAAAAUUUAGUUUUUGUAUUUUUUUUUUAACCAAAUAUACAAGGUUACGCAUUUAUAAGUAUAUCCUUUUAUGUUUAAAGAUUUAGAUUAACUUAAUAAUAAGAUAUUAAUAAUUAAGAUAGAACAAUACAUAUUUUUUG